GCAUAGAGAAGGCCACCUCGAAUUCUCCAUAAAUCAUCGACUACACGCUCUUUCUCUUUCUCUCUCUCUCUUCUCCAUUCUCCAUAAACAAUGACGGCCGCCUUGUUGCGAUCUGCUCUGCGACGGAGAGAGGCAGCGUCGUGGAUGUCGAGCCGUGGCUUCGCUUCGGCGUCGGGGCAGCAACGGAAGGUAGCUAUUUUGGGCGCCGCUGGCGGGAUUGGACAGCCGCUAUCUCUUCUAAUGAAGCUGAAUCCAAUGGUUUCACACCUCUCUCUCUACGAUAUCGCCGGAACGCCUGGUGUUGCCGCUGACGUUAGCCACAUUAACACCAGAUCUGAGGUGAAAGGAUAUGCCGGUGAGGAUCAGCUAGGGGCAGCUUUGGAGGGUUCAGAUGUGGUCAUUAUUCCAGCUGGUGUGCCAAGAAAGCCCGGCAUGACCCGCGACGACCUCUUCAAGAUUAAUGCCGGCAUUGUUAAAUCUCUUUGUGAGGCAAUUUCCAAAUAUUGCCCCAAUGCUCUGGUCAAUAUGAUCAGCAAUCCUGUGAAUUCAACUGUGCCAAUUGCUGCUGAAAUCUUCAAGAUCAAGGGAGUAUAUGAUCCGAGGAAACUCUUUGGUGUAACCACUCUUGAUGUUGUUAGAGCCAAAACGUUCUACGCUGGCAAGGCCAAUGCCAAUGUUGCUGAUGUCAAUGUACCUGUUAUUGGUGGACAUGCCGGGAUUACUAUUCUUCCUUUGUUUUCACAAGCCACACCAUCAGCAAAUCUGUCAGCUGAAGAAAUUACAGCUCUUACUAAAAGAACACAAGAUGGUGGGACUGAAGUUGUUGAAGCCAAGGCUGGGAAGGGAUCAGCUACGCUUUCAAUGGCGUAUGCUGGUGCUAUAUUUGCGGAUGCUUGCUUAAAAGGACUUAAUGGAGUCCCUGAUGUGGUGGAAUGUUCAUUUGUCCAAUCAACUGUCACAGAGCUACCUUUCUUUGCAUCAAAGGUGAGACUUGGGAAGAAUGGCGUGGAGGAAGUUUUGGGUCUGGGUCAUAUGACUGAUUUUGAGAAACAGGGACUGGAAGCUUUAAAGCCUGAGUUAAAGAGUUCGAUUGAGAAGGGCAUUGCUUUCGUCCAUGACAAUUGAGAAAGCCGUACUAAUACUGACUCAAUUUUGGCCAUGUUGUAUUAUCUACUGGUUUUUCAAGCCACAUGAGUGGAGUCUGGCUUCCUUUGCAAGGUGACAUUGUAGCAAUAAGGGGAGUGUAUUCUUGGUUCUGAACCAAUUCUUCUGGAUUAUUUUUUUCAGAGAUUAUGUGCGCGAGCUUUUUACAA